CUAUUAUUGAACAUGAUUUAUUCUUUCAUAAAGAAUUGAUCAUUUGAUAAUUGUGAUUAAUUUCACCCUUGGAUGAGUUUCUGUUAUGAAUUUUUACUGUAUGUUUUGCUUUGCAUUUAUAAUGGAAAAUUUGUUUCAUGGUGUUUGACAUGUGAACUUCCACAUUUGAAUAUCUGUGGAUGCAGGCCUUGAUUAAAUCGACCAACAGGUUAAGAGACUCCUUGCUUCCAAGGGAUGAACCAAAGUUGGCUAUUCCACUUUUGUUACUUAUUGCUCAACACCGUUCAGUGGUUGUCAUAAAUGCAGAUGCUCCUUAUAUUAAGAUGGUCAGCGAGCAGUUUGACAGAUGUCAUGGGACUCUUCUUCAGUAUGUAGAGUUCCUUUGCAGUGCAGUGACUCCAGCCACCUCUUAUGCUCUUCUAAUUCCCUCACUUGAUGAUCUAGUACAUCAGUAUCAUCUAGAUCCUGAGGUUGCAUUUUUGAUAUAUCGUCCUGUAAUGAGGCUCUUCAAGUGUCAAGUAAGUUCUGAUGUUUUCUGGCCUUUGGAUGGCAAUGAUAGUGCAAAUACCAUUAUGGAAAACGCAGAUUUGGAAUCUGAGGAAGACUCCAGCAAAAUGCUACUGGAUUUGGAUCCUUCUCGCAAGCCUAUAUUAUGGUCUGAUCUUCUUGACACUGUUAAAAGUAUGUUGCCUACAAAAGCCUGGAAUAGCCUUUCCCCUGAUCUCUAUGCUGCCUUUUGGGGGCUGACGCUGUAUGAUCUUUAUGUUCCUAGAAACCGUUAUGAGGCUGAAAUAGCAAAGCAGCAUGCUGCUCUUAAGGCUCUAGAAGAGCUUUCUGAUAAUUCCAGUUCAGCAAUUGCCAAAAGGAAAAAAGAUAAGGAAAGAAUUCAAGAAGCUUUAGAUCGUUUGACUAGUGAACUUCAGAAGCAUGAAGAAAAUGUUGCAUCUGUUCGUAGACGGCUAUCUCGAGAAAAGGACAAAUGGUUGAGUUCCUGUCCUGAUACUUUAAAGAUUAACAUGGAGUUCCUUCAGCGCUGUAUUUUUCCUCGCUGCACCUUCAGUAUGCCGGAUGCUGUUUAUUGUGCCAUGUUUGUUCAUACACUUCAUUCUCUCGGAACCCCUUUUUUCAACACUGUCAACCAUAUUGAUGUUUUGAUUUGCAAAACAUUACAACCCAUGAUAUGCUGCUGCACUGAAUAUGAAGCAGGAAGACUUGGUAGAUUUUUGUAUGAGACAUUGAAGAUUGCAUAUUACUGGAAGAGUGAUGAAUCUAUUUAUGAGCGGGAAUGUGGAAACAUGCCAGGAUUUGCUGUAUAUUAUAGAUACCCUAACAGCCAACGUGUUACAUAUGGUCAGUUCAUUAAGGUGCACUGGAAAUGGAGUCAAAGGAUCACUAGGUUAUUGGUCCAAUGCUUGGAAUCAACUGAAUAUAUGGAGAUCCGUAAUGCUCUGAUAAUGUUGACAAAAAUCUCUUCUGUCUUCCCUGUUACCAGGAAGAGUGGGAUUAACCUUGAAAAACGAGUAGCUAAAAUCAAAAGUGAUGAAAGAGAGGAUCUCAAGGUGUUGGCUACAGGUGUUGCUGCUGCAUUGGCUGCUAGGAAGUCUUCUUGGGUUACGGAUGAAGAAUUUGGGAUGGGAUAUCUUGAACUGAAGCCAGCUCCAGCACUUGCUUCAAAGUCUGGUAAUUCAGUCUCUGUGCAAAAUUGUUCAUCACUAAAUAUAUCGCAAGGUGAUGCUGCUGGGGGCAAAACAGUUGCCUUUGGAACCCCACUGGCAGAUUCUGGGAAUUCUGCCAAAGAUCAGAUCCCAAGAACAAAAUCUGAUGGGCGGUUGGAAAGAGCUGAAAAUGCUACACAUGUGAAAUCUGAUCCAAAAAUGAAAGGCACUGUAUCAGCCAACGGAGCAGAUGUUCCACCCUCCAUUUCCUCAGCUACUUCACAAGCAGGAACAUCAAGAUUAAUGGAAAAUCAGAAGCAAUUAGAUGAAUAUCCGAAUAAAUCAGAUGAUAACGUGACAAAAGUUGCACCAAGAAACUCUGCUGAAUCAGAGUUAAAAACUUCAGCCAAGCGGUCAGCUUCUGCAGUAUCAGUUACCAAGCCACAAAAGCUAGAUCCCGGAAGAGACGAUGCUAAGUCUGGGAAACCCGUUGGAAGAAGUGCUGCAACUUCCAACAGUGACAGAGAUCUUCCCCCACAUGCAUCAGAGGGCAGACAUGGUGUGACUGCUAAUGUUUCCUCAACAGGACCAGCCAAUGGAAAAGAAGAUGAUAUUUCUGAUACACAAAGGUCUUCCAGAAGUAUUCAUUCUCCUAGGCAUGAUAGUUCUGCUGCUGGUUCAAAGUCUAGUGAUAAGCUGCAAAAGAGAACCAAUCCUACUGAGGAAACUGAUAGAUCAAGCAAACGUCGUAAAGGGGAUGUUGAGUUGAAAGAUUUAGAGAGUGAAGCUAGAUUAGCUGAUAGAGAGAGGUCGACAGAUCCUCGGUUGGUUGACUUUGACAAGAUAGGGGCAGAUGAAUUAUCUAGCCACAGGGCCGUGGACAAGCCUUUGGAUAGAGCAAAGGAUAAGAGCAGUGAAAGACAUGACAAGGAACACAGAGAAAGAUCAGAGCGUCCUGACAAGUCCCGUGGAGAUGAUGCAUUGCCUGAAAAAUCAAGGGAUAGGUCAAUGGAGAGAUAUGGAAGAGAGCGUUCUGUUGAGAGAGGCAAUGAUAGGACUACGGAAAGACUUACUGACAAAGCAAAGGAUGAAAGGAGCAAAGAUGACAAAAGUAAACAAAGAUACACAGAUACAUCAGCAGAAAAGUCUCAUAUUGAUGACAGGUUUCAUGUGCAAAGUUUACCUCCACCGCCACCAUUACCUCCUCAUGUGGUCCCUCAGUCUGUUAAUGCUGCUGGCAGAAGAGAUGAUGAUGCUGAUAGAAGGUUUGGAAGUGCCAGACAUGCUCAGAGGCUUUCUCCAAGGAAUGAAGAAAAGGAACGGAAACGUUCAGAAGAAAAUUCUGUGGUUUCUCAGGAUGAUGUAAAGCGUCGAAGAGAGGAUGAUUUCCGAGAUAGGAAGAGAGAAGAAAGAGAGGGGUUGUCAGUGAAGGUGGAUGAGAGGGAGAGAGACAGAGAAAAGGAGAGGGAUAGAGAAAGAGCAAACGUUUUAAAGGAAGAUAUGGAUGCCACUGCUGCAAAGAGACGAAAACUUAAGAGAGAGCAUUUACCAUCAGGGGAGCCUGGUGAAUACUCUCCAGUUGCUCCGCCACCUCCUCUUGCUAUCAGUUUGUCACAAUCAUAUGAUGGAAGAGAUAGGGGAGACCGGAAAGGAUCUAUGAUCCAACGGCCUGGUUACUUGGAGGAUCCAAGUAUGAGGAUUCAUGGUAAAGAAGCAGCCAGCAAGAUGGCUCGUCGAGACACAGAGCAAAUGUACGACCGAGAAUGGGAGGACGAGAAAAGACAAAGAGCAGAGCCAAAAAGGAGGCAUAGGAAAUAAUCUGUACCUGAGGGAAAGACAUGCAAAGGCAAAGAGCAGGCAAGACAUGUCAAAUGCAAGUCUAGUUUCAUUUCAUACAUUGUGUUGUCUAGAUAUAUUUAACCAAAAAACUGUUUUGUUGUUGGCAAGGAAUUUUGAUAACUCCGCAGGGCUUCCCAUUGCUUGUAAAGUCAAUAAUAAAUACCUUUUUCUGUAUUAAUAUUGUAAAUUUAUUUAGGCUGUACCUGUACCUCAUUUAGUGUAUUUCCCCCUCCUCUGUAGUGUCCGUGAAGUCCUUUAUUUUCCUUUAGGGUUUGGAGUGUGCAGGUGAACAAAGCAGAAGGGGGCCGGAAUGUUUUUAGAUGUUAACGAACCUCCUCUUGCUAUUGAGCAAAAAUUUAUUGAAAGAUGGGAAUUUGAUUGUGUA